UUGCUGUGAGCGUUUAAGAUUUUCUUGGAAUCGCCCUUUAAUGGUCCGUUUCCCUGAAUCUAUUAUCCCUUGACCUCAGGUUACUCACUCGGAAGGUAAUUUGGCGAGUGCAAUUAUCUUGGGAGUAACGACCUUGCACCACCUUUAGCAGGACCACACCAACCUCACUCGACAACCUCAUUUGACCUGCACCUUCUGUUGUGUACAGUUUGAACCAGUCUCUACGUUUCCCACUAUGCGACUUUUAAUCAUUUUAAUUUUGUUCGUGACAUGGACUGUUUGCCAAGACGACACCGAGUUAAUCGAGAAGAAUUCAACAGCAGUUCGCGUCAGGAGAACAGUCGGCUCGCCAACUCCUUACCCUGAGAACGUGAAGAAGUUGACACAGCAAACGACAUUUUUGUCACAUUUGCUCCGCACAGGAAUCAGUUUGGAACGAAAAUGGUUCGACGUCAUGUCGCAGAAAUCCACAGCCGAGGUGGUCGUUUUUCUCGUCCUGGGCAUCAUUUCUACUUUCUUCGUUAUCCUGACCCCAUUGGUGCUCCUGGCCAAGCUCCUGGCCCCGCCAUUGGUUCUCAGGAGAAAGAACCGCAGCAUUCACGAUCAACUCCAUUUGGAUUUCUCGCUUCCGCAAUGGAUGGAUCAGAUGGAAUCGUGGAUGAACACGCACAAACCACCCGAGGAUCGUUAGGAGAUACUGUUUCCCAAACUAGACCUACCCAAGUAGUACACGUAUCCUCUAAUAAUCCUCGUUCCAAAAACGAAACCAGUUAUCGCCGUCGUCGACACAGACUAUAAACUGCGUUAAGGAGACAAAUAACGACGUUGUAUUUUUUUUCUUGCACACACACACAGACACACAGGGAUUCCAUUAAAAAAGAACAAAAAAAGGGAGAGAAUUUGUUGACUUGGAAGAUUGAAGGAAACAUCUAUUUUUAUACAACAGCAUUGAAAAUAAUGGCGCGUGUUUUUCUUUUUUCCCCCUUUAAAAAAAAAAAAACCAUCCGCCGGAAGAAGAAAAUGGGAAGAGCCGUGUACUGUACACACGUCAUUGCGCCCCCCCCCAAUGCCCGGGG